AUGGCGGAAAAGCGUCCAAAGCGUGAGUGGCUUUAUAAUUUUAAUAUUCAUAUAUAUGCAAAUUUUUAAGAUUGUCGACAAUAUUUGACGCAAAAUAUUUGAUGAUUAAUUAAACUGUUUUACAGCUUGUAAAAGGAGAAAAUCCGACACACUCGAAGAGGUUGUGAACGCUGGUUUAGCCCUAUUGGCAAAAGAGGAUGGACCAAAACAACGGCGGCAAAGAAAGCCCUCUCAUUUUCGCUUACUGCGAGUUGGCUCUGAGAGGAUGACACACACACCAUAUCGCUCUCGUCACGGAUCAACCAAGACAAAAGGUAUAUACAGUAUGUUGGAGUUGCACUACAGUACAAAGCGAUUAAAAUUAAAAGCCAUAUAUUGAACACAAAUCAUUCACAUUGAGCAAUCGAUCUUCAAGCAGUUGAUUUUCAUAACCCGAAAAAUAUAAUGAUAGAUUCUGAUGUUUCCAUCAAAAGCCGGUCCCUUUGUCAGGUCCACAGUCUGUUAAUUUGGAUAGAUCACCCAGGUUGAAUUUGUUUUGUGUUUUCAUAUGAGAAAAUAUCAUCCAACAUAAUUCUGCCAGUGAGCCGGGUUAGUGAUUACACUACCGUAUGGGAAAAUUCUAAGAAACCCAACAAAAUAAAAAUAACUACAGUGGACCGGUCCAGCAUCCAUAUGUGAACAGAGUUUGUGUGGGAUAUAUAUCUUUGUACAGGCACAUUUAAGCCUCUGGCAAGUACAUUUAACUACAUUAAUUAUCUACAUUAAUUGCAAUUUAACCCAUUAAGCUGCAGAGCUUCCCCAUUGACAAGUAAAAUUGCCUGGCAUUAGACAAGUAAAAAAAAAGUAGGGCGCAAUGCGGCUCAAUGGAUUAAAUUAUAUAAUUCCAGGUGUUAACCAGCAAAAAGAAAGCCAUUUGUUGGAUACUAUCAAUGUCAAUGACAAUUUUGGAACAGAUGACUGUCACACUCAAAGGGACAUCGAUAUUGGUAGGUAUCCAAUAUACACACUUGUAACCCAAUACUGACAUGGAUGACUUGUUUCAUAUCUGUGGGCUUGUUAUAUAUAUUCAAUUUGAAAAAAAAGUGGUUACAGGAAUUGCAAUAUGUUGUGGUGGUUUACUCUGUGUCAAUCUGUGUCUUUAAUUAACCACCAGUGGUGGACACUUCUCAAAGCAUUGAAGGGGAGAAUUAGGUUACCAACAUAUGACCACCAUUUGUAGCUGGAAAUUUGUAGCUUUGAACUUUCUUGCCCUAAAUUUCAUGCAAUACCAGUAUAUAGCUUUAUUUAUAGCAUACCAAUACUUUCAUGGUUGAAAACUAGUGUUACAGCUUUGUUACCCAGUUAUUCAGAGAGCAUUCAAAGGUUUUUUGAAUUGGUUAAAUUACCAUUUUGUGAUGUUAAAUUACCAUGUUUUUUUAAUGCAGAUGAAGAGUUAGAGAAUCUUAUAUCAGAAUGCAGUGGCUUUUGGGUUCAGAAAAGGGGAAUACCAAGAAAUGGUCUGAACGUAUGGAAGAACUUCAUUCUGUAUGGGAAGAACACAGGUCAUUAAUAUUUGAAACCAUGCUUCAGCAUGAAUCAGUUGCUGAAGCCACAUUAUGUUCCAAUUGUGAUGAACAUCCAGGCUUGAUAAGAUGCCAUCAGUGUGGUGAUAAUUGGCCUAUGAUAAUUGGCCUAUGAUAAGACAGUUCAUCAUGAUAAGCCCUUCCAUGAUAGACAAAGCUGGUUUGAAAAUCAUUUCAGACCUCUUCAACCCUCACAGUCCCUGGAUGAAAAUGGGCUAGUGAUUGAUGUGGGUAUGUGAAUGCUACAUUAGAAUGUCACAUGCUCAAUGCUUGCAUGCAGUUCUUCAGGCUAUUGUUCUAUUGACCGAUUGAGCCGCAAUGUGCCCCAGUGCACCCUAGUAUAUUUCUUUUUACUUGUCUAACGCCAGAUCAUUUUACUCAUCAAUGGGAAAGCUCUGCAGCUGGGUUAAUAAAUUAACCAAAAAAUCUGACAAUGUCUCUAGUUAACCCAUUGAGCCGCAAUGCACCCCAGUGCGCCCCUACUUAUUUUUAUACUUGUCUAACGCCAGAUGAUUUUACUCGUCAGAUGUCAAUGGGGAAGCUACAGUAUGCAGCUUAAUGAUGAUAUGAAAUUUAAGAUAUUACAGGAUUGCUUUUUAAAACAUAAUUAAGGUAUAUUAUGAACUUUUUAAAUUCAAUAUAUUUUGUAUAACUUAGAGUGCUAUGUUCCUUUUCAUCCUGUUCGGAAAUUGUGUCUUGGCUGCUCUAAAGAAUCUACCUUUUACCCUGUGCCAAGUAGUGAGAUCCUGACUGUGUUUACUUCACAAGUUAAGGACUAAGGUACUGUAGAAGGUUUCCAUAAAGCUCACACACAGUAUUGAUUGAAUUUUUGUAGACCCAAUUAUAGGUUAAUUAUCAUCUGUAAUCAUGAUAUCUUAACCCUUUGAUGUACAAGAAUGCUCUAAAUUUAAUGAGUAAAAUCAUCUGGCAUUAAAUACAAAGUGACUGUAAAUUUAUAAAGUAUGGCACAUUGCAGCUUAAUGGCUUGAUUACAGUAAGUACUGUAAUCUGAGUGUUGAGUAUAUUUACUGUACUACAUACUAUAGAAUUUACAGUGAAACUAAUCAGAAUAACAAUACAGUAUAUCUAUGGUAUGUUAGUCAACGUUUAUUCAUAAAUCUGGUCCUUCACCAUCAUGUAUUGUGUGUAUUGUAUUAUUUUUGCUGUGGAACAAAAAGCAAAAGAGAAUGCCAGGUUGUUCUGAGUCAAGCUUUAUCAGAUCUUUGGAGGAUUUCACCAUUUCAAAAGGAAGGGUGUGUUGAAUUAAUCGUAAAAGUGUUUUGCUUGCAGAAUUAAUCAGAAGGCAAUAUCGGGCAGGUUCCCCAAAAACUAAUGAUACAGUAUGUGAUCCAUGUAGCCAUGUUUUCCAGCCAAGUGCAGUAUCGGUAAGAUCAGAUCGUGUGUUAUAGGCAAUAGGAGAUUUAGAUUUGUGUACAAGUUUGAGUUAAAGUUACAAUAAGUCACUUGCCAUAUGAAUGAAGGAAAAAGAUCAAAUUUUAAUUAUUUUAAUGUUAUUUUUAAUUAGCAAAAAAGUUGUAGUUGCACCAAGUUUGCCUUGCUAAUGUCGGUACUACUGUUAAAUAUCAAGGAUUGUCUGAUUACAAUAUGUUGAAUGCACGGCUAUGCUAUGCAUAUGUAAGUGGGAAAAACCCAUUUCGGUUGAAAGAAAAUUUAAAAAUACACCUGACAUAUAUAUCCAUGCAAAAUAACUUUAAUUUUGUAUGCAGUUUAUUAAUUGCCUUUUGUAGUUUGGGUCAGUGAAUCCACGAACAUUCACGAAGGCUUUUCGUGAGUGGAAAUACUUUUAUUAUGAAAUGGAAAAGGAACAGUCAAAGCAAUGGAUGUUGUGUCCCAGUUGCCAUUCAGAUCAACACUCUUGUCACGUAGAUGGCAACAUGAAGUUAUGCAGAUACAAACAUUCAGGAAGGUAUUAUGUUAAACCAUCUAGUUAUAUUCAUCCUACAGCCCCGAUCAAUAUGUCUCAUUUGAAAUGAAUAUUUGUAAAGUUUUUCUAAGUUUUGUUGAAAUUCAUAUUUCAAAACUUUAAUGGAAAGUAGAUUUAUAUAUUAACUGCUACUGCAUAUACAGUAUGUAUAGAUUUUGUAUGGUGUAGUUAUAAUCAUAUGCGGCUAACGUUUGAUUGAUCAGAUGCCUUCAACUGUCAGUCUGCAGUUGACAGGUAAAGUGAUAAUCAUGUCGAAGAUUGCUGGCUGAUAGUUGAAAGAUACAAAAUGUUAAUACAUGCAUGUAUGCAAUAUCUCUGUCGAGCUUCUAGCAUAUCUAAUGUUAUUCAUAUAUAUAUGUGUUGAACGUUCCAAAGCCGGUUUUCCACUAGGCGGAAUUUUGCGCGCGGAGCGUAAUUUUUCUUUGUCUUGUGAUUUCUCGGGUGGAACUAAUUAGAAAAGACAAAAAAAAAUUCCGCUCCUUGCGGAAAAUUCCGCUUAAUGGAAACCGGCUUAAGUGGAAAUCCUUUCAAGGCAAUUGACCACUUGCGUAAUAGACAAAAAUUUCAUCACAGCUUGAAAGAGCAUCACAAAAUUAGUAAUAUUCCAAAGUUUCGUUGCGAAAUGUUGUAAAAUGCGGAUAAUAUAUAUUAAUAUAAGUAUCUAUUACGCAAAUGGAUUUGCAACGCCAUUUGCUGAUGUUGUUGACGCCUUUUUCCCAGUUGCUGAAAUCUAAUUUCUUUUCUCCUCUACAGGGAGCAAAGUCAGUCGUACUACGGAGACCUGUUUAUUUUGUCUAAUACGCAUGUCAGCGAGCACCUUAAAAAAGUCUAUUCAAGACCACAAGUUCAGGUAACUCAACCUCAAAUGUGUGAUGUAUAUACGUAGAUAUACAUACCUAUUUGAUUUAUGUAUAAUACGUAUUGAGAAAAGAUUUCUGUAAGGUAUUUUGAAUUGAGCAUCACUUCAAUAUUCCCUAGAUUAAAAGACCAAAGUCUAAGUUGAGUAUUACUGUAGCUCGAGAAUAGCUAGUUUGUUAUAAUCAGUUAACUACUUACAAUUAUAUAGUCAGUUAGUUUGCUAGUUAGUUAGUUAUGUGGGCUUAAUACAGUACUGACAGUAGUUAUUUAGUUGGUUGGUUGGUGGUUGGUUGGUUGGUUGGUUGGUUGGUUGGUUGGUUGGUUGGUUGGUUGGUUGUAGUUAUUUAGUUGGUUGGUUGGUUGGUGGUUGGUUGGUUGGUUGGUUGGUGACACAACAUGUUGAUACUUUAUGAAGUGUGAAAAUAAAUUAUUAUAAGAUACUGUAUAAAUUAAGCGUCACUGAAUAUAUUUAAAUUACUGUCAGAAAUCAACACAUUGUUUUGCCUACAGUAUCCUGCCCCUCCGUCAAUAUUCAAUGGAUUUUUAGAACAAUUAAUGUGUUUAAGUGGGCUUCUACUUGCAUAUACAUAGUGAAACGGCUACUGUAUAUUACAUUUAAAUUAUUCAAAAGGUUUAAAAUUCAUACAUGCAUGUAUGAUGGUGUAUAUGCUUGAUGGGUAAUACAGUAGCUAUAGAACGAACCGUGCAGAUUACACGAUUUAUUAUAUUCAUAUACUAAUUCCAGAUCAAUUUUGAAAUGUUUCAUUUUCUACAUUAAAGAACUUCGCUGAUGAUGGGAAAUGUGGGGAAACUAAUUGGCGAGCUGCUGGAAACAAAGGAAAACGAAAGAUUCACCUGGACGAAACAGGACUGGAAAUUGCGGGUUGCCGUCAUGCUGUAGCUCAAUGGGCAGUAAACAUGUUUCGUGGAGAGAUUUAUGGCUAUUCAAAUUACAUCCAUGUCCAUAAAAUGGUUCCAAAUAAUGUGAAAUACAUUUGGCAAGAUAUAAUUUGCAAAUAUUGGAAAUGGGCACUAAAGACAAAUUUGGAUAAGUCAGAAAAUCAUGAAAUAAAGCCCGCUUUUUCUGUAAUGCAUGCAAAAGCGCAUAAUUGGACAUGCCAGGUAGGUAAAUUCUGCUGGAUUUAUAAUGAAUGGUGUUUUUAAAAAAGUAAUUACCAUUACAAGUUUAAGGUUAAGCCUUAAGGUAUUUAGCAUCCAUUCUUCCGCAGCAAUGUACUGUAAAUAUAUAGUAAUACAGAAAUUCUUAUAAACAAAAAUUGUAUUGUAAACAGGUGUUGUGGGGAGGACGAUGGCAAGAAGGAACUGGUUAUUCCACCGGAGAAGAAGUUGAACAGAUUAAUAGUUAUCUUUCAAGGCUGUCUAUAUAAUACUACUAAGUACAUGUUGCCUGAAUGUAAGUAUUAUUUAUUUAAUAAUACUACAAUAUAAUAAUUUAUAAAAUACAAAACAACUCCAACUCCAAAACGAAACAUUUUUGACAUUCUAGGUUAGCUUUCAAUUACAUUACUGUAUAUAUGAUGGGUGCGGUGAAAUUAUUAAAGAGUAGACUUAACGGAUAGAACUUAACAAAAACAAACAAAGAAUAACAUAAAAGAAUAUCCUGAAACAUUAGAUAAUUUUCAAAGAACUACCAAAUGUUAAUAAAUAAGCAUAUAUAUAUACUGUAUAGUAUACAAUUAUACUAUAAGAAUACACAUGAUUUUAAUGGCGACAUAUGGUAAAACAUUGGGGUGUAAAUUGUCAAUAUAUUGCCGUUCUUUUGCCGAUGCAAAACGUAGGUACUGUAAACUAUGGUACUGUAAGUUUUCAUGAUACAUGCAUAACAUUCCAAUUAUUAUUUAAUGUCGUUUUAUACAAUUUUAGCACGAGAAGAAUUAAUAACUGAGCAUGCCCUUGCAUGGAAUAAAAGAAAAAUUUGUGAUAUGUCCAAUGCCCUCUGUAAGAGAUAUGCAAAGGUUGGUUCUCAAAACACCUGCUUGGUGUGCAGUAUAUGUACUGUCUGUCUGUAUCAUUUAAUUUAUGUUUAUAAUUUAGUCGCCUAUUGGUAAUUAAUGCUACAAAUGCAAUGAAAAUCAUGAUUCUGUACUAUUAUACUUUUUAUUAAAGGGGCAGUAUGAUCAAAAUGUUUAUUCUCCAAAGCUUAAACGAAAAUGCUCGUAAAACUGUAUAUUUAUUUAUUAUAUAUAUAUAUUUUUGUUCUCAUGCUUAGUUCUUGAGAUAUUUCUUUUGUUUGUAACCAUGUGACGUCAAUGACUCAAUUACAUAUAUAAUGAGAUAUCAGUAAUUGUUGUGUAUCUUUGCUAUUUUUGAUCAAUUUGUUAAAAAACACAGUAUGCUUAAUGAUGCAGGUUAAAUUAACAAACACGCCGCAUCUUUCGAAAUAUUUUGAUAAAAAUAGCAAAGAUACACAACAAUUGCUGAUAUCUCAUUAUAUAUGUAAUUGAGUAAAUGACGUCACAUGGUUACAAACAAAAUGAAAUAUCUCAAGAACUAAGCGUGGGAACAAAAAUCUUCAAAACAAGUUAUUAUACAGUUUUACGAGCACUUUCGUUUAAGAAAAUAAAAACUUGGAUCAUACUGCCCUUUUUAAUUUUCUUAUUUUAUGGAGUUGUAUUAUUUUUUAUCUCCUACAGUACUUUGAUUGUUGCUUUUUAUAAACUUUAUUUUUUAAACAGUCUGUAAAAGCAUGUGAUAACACAAGGAAAGAACUCGAUGAAAUGCUUUCUAGCGUGAAUCUUUCCCAGGACAAUGUUAAUUCUGUGCAGUGGAAGAGUGAUGUUCAAUUUGUUGCAAAAGGUAAUUAUGCACAAGGAAUGCGUUAUUAGUUAAAUUUUUUAAUUUAACAUUUUGUGGCAACAUUUAAAACAUGAGCAGCAGUGUUUUAUCAGAUAUAAAGAUACGAGGCGAAGACCAGUAUCUUUAGGUCUGAUAAAACACGCACUGCGAAUGUUUCAAAUUGCUUCAAAAACGAUCGAUCUAGUAAGUUCAUUGGCGAAGUAAUUUUCAAAAAAAUACGUUGUGUAAGUCAAGAAAAUCAAAGUUAAAGUUUAUGUAAAUCAAGGGAAAUCUCUAUCAUGUAAAGAUACGACACGCUUAUGAUUUUUCUUUGUGCUUUCUUCAUGAAUUAUUAACGAGAUUUUGAAGGGUGCUACAACAAGACUUAAGGCGAUUACAGUAGUACAAAUUAAACACUAUAUUCGAGUUAUCGUCGAUUACAUCUCAGAUAAGACGAGGUUAAAAUUCUGCAUUUACAGAUAAGAAUUGCACAUUGCCUAUACAGUAAGUUGUCUGUCUUACAGCUAUUUUAGAGAAAGUAUCAAUUCAUACACAAUAAGGUUAUUUGUUGCAUUUGUAUAUAGAACUGGAAAGCACCUCAUUUUCCUAUACGAGCGAAGAAGAAGAGUGUUACGUUUUGACUGCAGCGAUAACCGGUACCUCAUUAUUGCCCUCAACUAUGAACACCACUUCCGCCGAGACUGAAGAAUACCUUCGUGCUCUUUCAAAGAAAGUGAUCGAAAAAUAUUCGACAAUCAACGACAAGCAUCAGAGGGUGAACUUGCUUACAGCCAAGCUCUGCGGUGCUGUUACUGUGCUCUGCAGUACUACUCGAUAG